CCCCGGGGCCGGAGCCGCAGCUGCAGCUGCGGGAGCUGCCCCGAAGGCCGGUGCGAAGGAGGAGCGCGGCGGGGAUGGGAGGAGGAAAUCCUGUGAAUGUCAUUGGGGGGCGGAGGGGGAACUCAGCUGCUGAGAAGGCUCCGAGAGCAGACAGCCUGUGCGGGGGCAGUGGGAGCAGAUCCCACCACCAGCGGCACGCUACAAAGGAACAAGCCCUGCCAAUGUCAUCGGCCAUCGAGAGGAAAAGCCUCGAUCCUUCCGAGGAGCCGGUGGACGAAGUGCUCCAGAUUCCCCCCUCGCUGCUGACAUGCGGCGGCUGCCAGCAGAACAUCGGGGACCGCUAUUUCCUGAAGGCCAUCGACCAGUACUGGCACGAGGACUGCCUCAGCUGCGACCUGUGUGGCUGCAGGCUUGGAGAGGUGGGCAGACGUCUGUACUACAAGCUGGGCAGAAAGCUCUGCAGGAGGGACUAUCUCAGGCUCUUUGGCCAGGAUGGCCUCUGUGCCUCCUGUGACAAGCGAAUCCGGGCUUACGAGAUGACCAUGCGGGUGAAGGACAAAGUGUACCACCUGGAAUGCUUCAAAUGUGCUGCUUGCCAGAAACAUUUCUGUGUUGGGGACAGAUACCUGCUCAUCAACUCAGACAUAGUAUGUGAGCAGGACAUCUAUGAGUGGACUAAGAUAAAUGGGAUGAUCUAGCAAAGACAUGCCUCGCAGUCUCUGAAAGACAUCUCAUGGGUGACACCGAUGCGCCGCUGCAGCGAGGAGACCAUCGCUUGAGCUAUGGGCUUUGUCUAAAAGGGGGGAGAACACCACACAGGCAGUGCAAUGUAGAAUCUGAGGUGCUUAGAGGUGAAGGGAGGCCGAAGCAACAGUAGAUAGAUCGACUUCUCUUGGCAAAGGCACAGGGACCAUAACUGACAUCAGCCACCAGGUGCGCAGUGCAGAACAACUGCAGCGCGACGAUGACUUCCCAUGACUGAAGAAAGUGUAGGGCUUCUGUAGAGAGAUGUUUUGACUUGGUCACCUGCAGACUAGGAUUGUGCAAUUGAGUUUUCUUUUUGUCUUGUUUUAGUUACCCAGUUCAGAUGACAGCUCCUAAUGUAGGCAUGAGGAGGAAUCCUGGCAGAAAAGGGUCACCACUAACAUGGGCCGUUUGUAUGGCAUUACACCUGGGGCAGAGAAAGGGGGAAGAGGGUGGGGGUUGGUUUUGCAUGGAGUUUAUUUUGUGCUUGGAGAAUGAACAGUGCAUCCUCUAGUCCCAAAGUCUUCUUUUAAAAAGUCCUGCUGAAUAGUUGUUUUGGGGCACUGCUGUUUCAAGAUGAGAUGUUUCACAGAUCGUUUCUAUACAAAUAUAAAUCUAAAGAGUUGUUCAACUAUUUUAUUAACUUAGAUUAUAUUGAGAAAGUAUUUGUUGUGUGUAGUAAGACUCUGCAGCUUUAAUAAAAACCACGGAAGAUUGGA